AUGAAUAAAUUAGCUAAAUUGGUCAAUAGACCAACACUUCAUUCGAUUAAUUCAAUCAUUACAAAUACAGGUCGUACUCACACUCAACAUAGUUUAUUAAAUAGAUCAUCAUCUUUAUAUUAUAGAUCUAUAGCAACACCAUCUUCAUCAUAUACACUAUCGAGUCAUUCAUUAUUUAAAAGAUCAUAUAGUUCAUCGGUAACUGAACCACAACAACAAAAUGAAUCAAACAAACAAUCAAAUGAAUCAAACAAAAACAAUAGCAAUGAAAAUAAUAACAACAAUAAUGUAGAUAAAGAAACUAAAAAGAAUGAACAUCAUUCUCAAAAGAGACAAAUUACAUUUGCCAGUCUAAUGGUUGCUCUAUUUUUUGGAGGUGCUGGUUGGUUAUAUUAUGAUCACUUAAUGGUACAAAAGAGAGAGAAGAUUAAACAAAUUGAAACAUAUGGAUCGAGUUCAAUUGGUGGACCUUUCUCUUUGGUCGAUGAAAAUGGUAAGCCAAUCUCUGACUUGGAUUUCCGUGGAAAGUAUAUUUUGUUGUACUUUGGAUUCACCUAUUGCCCCGAUGCAUGUCCUGCCGAGCUGGACAAGAUGACCGUGGUGCUGAAUAACCUCGAGAAGUACAAGCUGCUCGAUUCUAUCGUACCGGUGUUCAUCACUAUCGAUCCGUGGCGAGACACCGUCGAGCAGAUCAACACCUACAUCAAGGAGUUCCAUCCAAAGUUCCGUGGACUCACCGGAACACCCGAGCAAAUCACCAAGCUCGCCAAAAGCUAUCGUGUAUUCAUUAGCAAGGCGGGCAAAGGUGAUUCCUACCUGGUCGAUCACACCAUCAUCGAGUACCUCAUCGGACCGGACGGUAAAUUCAUCGAGUUCUACGGAUCCAACUUGACUGCCGACCAAGUCACAAUGAAGGUCGUUGAGCGUAUGGCCAACAAAGGUUUGGGUGGUGCCAACACCGGUGAAAUCACCAAAGAAAAGAGUAUGGUUGAUAAGAUCUUAAAUAUAUUUUCAUCAUCAUCAAACAAAUAA